AUGGCGCGUCUCCGAAAGGGCAAGGACUCGACAUCCAAAGCAUCAGAGGUGCCUCGGAAAAAAGUCAAGAAAUCCUCGAACCAUGACGAUCAAGAACUGAAGUCGCAAAUCAUUGCACUGGGUGGUAACGAAGAGGACUUCGAGCUGGUGAAAGACACAGAGCACUCUGGCAUUGACUCUGGAGAUGGCGUGGUUGAUCCAACUUUAGUUGGAGAUCUACAUAAAUUCGUCAAAGGUCUCGGUCUGAAACAACCAUCGGACGUCAAACCCUCUCCGAAAGUGGUCGAAACACCUCUGAAAGUCAUCAAUGUAUCGAAACAGAAGAAGAAGUCACAAAGCUCUGUCGAGACAUCAGCUAGGACGCACAACACGGAGGAAACGGCGGUUCCUGCGACUACAUCUACGAUUAAAAGCACAGACCCAGUGAAACUGCCUUCAAGAGUGUCGUUGAAACCGGGAUCACGGUUCUUGAUUACGCCUGAUGCUCUAUGGUAUAGCUCAAUAACACCGCUAUCAAGUCCACCAGUUCCUUCUAGCUCAAUAACCCCUGGUCAACUAUCCACCCUGGCGUCUCGCGCGCAAGACAUUCACAACAAGGAUAUAACCACCUACCAAACCUCUUCUUCGUCGACUUCCGAAGCCAGCUUUCUUACUAAAAUCAUAUCAUCUGGCACCUUGUCGGAUCGACUGAGUGCCCUUACGCUUCUCGUUCAAAGCAGCCCACUACACAACACGAAGUCUCUGGACACCCUGAAAUCUAUGGCCGAACGCGGCAAGGGAAAAGGAGGGCGAGAGGAGAGCUUAAAGGCUUUGCGCUGUAUUGUCGAUUGGUGGGUUGGUGGUGGAGCACCUGACCGCAAACUGAAAUACUUCCGAGACCAAGCCCUCCUGCAUCCCAAUGUGACCGAUGAACAUUUGGUAAUAUGGUAUUUCGAAGACUGGCUCAAGAAGUACUUUUUCUCGAUUCUGCAAAUUCUUGAGACACUUUGCGCAGAUACUUUGCCGUACGUACGAACACAAUCUCUCAACCUCAUCUCAACUCUACUUCGCUCGAAGCCAGAGCAAGAGCAGAAUCUCUUACGGUUGCUCGUCAAUAAACUUGGCGACCACGAAAAAUCUAUCUCCUCGCGGGCUUCAUAUCAUUUGCUCCAGCUCCUCCAAGCACAUCCAUCUAUGAAGUCUAUCGUCAUUCGAGAAAUCGCUGCUCUCGUCUUCAAACCUGCUGCUCAGACGCUGACCAACCCCUCAGCCGCCGUGCCCAAUAAGCACAUUAGGUUUACCGACGAGACUCCCAAACCCAAAUCUAAGGCCCCCGAAAAGAAGGAAGUUGGAAACCCUCAUGCCAGAUAUUAUGCCGCCAUCACGUUGAAUCAGGUUAUCCUAGCAGGCAGUGACAAGGCCGUUGCUAUCCAACUGCUUGACGUAUACUUCGAAAUGUUCAAGGAGUUGCUCGGCGAUGGCUCCCUUGCAAAAGAGGAAGAUGCGCCGGUGAAGAAUCAGGAUGAAGAAGCCGAAAAGGAGGUUCGCAAAGACAAAAAGGGAAGGAUAUUCAGUGACGACAAGAAGCGAAAGGGAAAACACGCAAAACAAAUUCAAGGCGCUGCUGGAUUCAUGGAAGUCGAAGAUAGUCAAUCCAAAAUGAUCUCAGCCAUUCUUACUGGCAUCAAUCGUGCUCUCCCGUUCGCUAAGAUCACCUCCGAAGAUGUGGGAUUGCAAAAGCACAUCGACACGCUCUUUAUGGUCACUCACAAAUCGACGUUCAACAUAUCUUUGCAGGCGUUGGUUCUAAUACAACAGAUUGCUUCUUCUUUGUCUACUCCAGUUGAUCCGUCAUCCGCAACGUCUUCGUCAAAGCUGGCUCCCUCUCAGAUAUAUAAAUCGAUCGUGGAUCGUUACUACCGUUCCCUAUAUGCCUCGCUUCACGAUCCUCGCCUUCCACAUUCGUCUAAACAAGCGAUGUACCUAAAUCUCUUCUUCAAGUCUGUGAAAGCCGACCACGACCUAGAGCGCGUCAAAGCUCUCAUCAGACGAUUCGUCCAAGUCCUUGUUAGCGGCGGCAGCGGUGCAACUGAAUUCGUUGCAGGUGGUUUGUAUCUCCUUGGUGAAUUGUUUUCUUCUAUCCCCGGUUUGAGGAGCAUGGUGAAUACCCCCAGCAAAACUGAUGAAGUCUACGAUCCACGAAAGCGGGACCCACAGUAUGCCCAUGCUUCGGCUUCUCCUCUGUGGGAACUUACACCCCUCCUGAACCACUACCACCCUGCCAUAUCCUUGCACGCACGACAGAUCCUGUCAUCGCAGCCCAUUACGGCCUCUGCUGACCUCUCGCUGAACACGCUCUCCCACUUCCUUGAUAGAUUUGUUUAUAAAAAUCCCAAGAAAGUCAAAGGUGACAAUGAUGGCCCAAAGGGAUCAAGCGUAAUGCAACCUGCGGCGACUACAAUUGACGGGGCUAGCGGUGUCAAAUUGAUGAAGGGUGAAGUGGGAGACCCUGGCGGUUUGGUCAAUGAGGAAAGCUUCUUGAGGAGAAGGCCUCAAGAUAUCCCUGUCGACCAGCUUUUCUUCCACAAAUACUUCGUCCGCAAACAUGAACAAAGCAAAGGAGUUUCAAGGCCCAAAGAUGCAGAAGACGACGACACAGAUGUCGAUUCAGACGCAAACCAAGGCACGAAGGAUUCAGGUGAUAGGGUAGAUGGUGCUGCGGAGGGGGCACCACCUUCCGAAGAGGGGACCGACGAUGAAGAAGAAGCGGAAAUAUGGAAGGCCAUGAAGGCGUCCAUGCCCAACGUGGCUGGUGAUGAAGACGAGCUUGAUGAUAGUGAUAUCGAUAGUCCUCUCGAUCUCGAUCCCGAAAUCGACGACUCUGAUUCUGAAAGCAAUGUCUCGGGUAGCGAAGAUAGUGAUGCCGACGACUUGGAUUUGGUUGAGGACUCUGAUGCCGAUGACCUUAUCCCUCUCGACGAAGUACCUGAUGGUCUGAUUGAAUAUGAUGGGUCAGACUCCGGAGGCGAAGAUGAAGAGGGUCAGGAGGAUGAAUGGGGUGGGGUUUUGGACACCAAGAAGCGAAAACGAACGGAUGACAAGCAAUCCCGGCGGAAGAAACUGAAGAGUCUGCCGACAUUCGCGAGCUACGAAGACUACGCGAAGCUUAUUGAGGACGGCCCGGAGGAUGAUAUAUAG